UCGUUUACUUGCAUCCUAAACAUUCCCUGAAUAUUACAUUCCCUUGCCUCAAAAACAAAAUCCAUUGAUACCCAAGACUCAUUUCUCAAACACCUCCUCUUCUCAGCACCUUCCUUCAUCCAUCAACCCCUCCUAUCGACUGUUGCCCAUUGCCAAACGUCUUCGGUCUUCCUCCUUCCCUAUUAAGUUUCAACUCAUUGAUUGAUUGCGCUUCAGGCUUCACAGAGUCAACACUGGUUCGAGGUUGAAGGUUCAACCACCGAGUUCUCACGCGGCUCCACCUGCUCCCACCUCACCAAGGAAAAUGUUGAAAAAGGUCAAGCGAAGAGUCACAGCUCUGAUUAUAAAAUGCUUCAGAAUCAAGAAACGCCGCAGACCCUCGACACCCCAACAACAACCGGAUCUCCCUCCUCCUCCUCCUCCUCCUCAAGAAUUGACGCCCUCAACCAUGCCACACAGGCACCAUAAACCCUCCACCACUCCUUUCCUUUUCCCCAAGACCCAAUCAACGGUUCUCCCUGAUCCUUCACCUUUCUUCUCUCCCAACCUUCUAUCAUCACCUCUCCCCACCAAUUCAUUCUUCCAGAAUUUCGUCCUCAAACAUGGCGACCAACCUGAAUACAUACACCCAUACCUCAUCAAAUCAGCCCUCUCCUCCCUUUCUAUCUGCUACCCACCUCGCUUCAGUAACUCUGCUUUCAUCUACCAGAUAUUCAACGCCGACCUCACCAUCUCAGCCACCCGAAACACCAACAACGGCACCGAUGUCAACAACAUCGUUUCUUCAUAUAGUGAUCUCAGUGUAACCCUAGAUGUCCCUGGCAACCUGCGCUUCUUCCUUGUCCGGGGAAGCCCUUUCUUGACCUGCUCCGUUACCAGCCCUACCCCACUUUCCAUCUCAACCAUCCACGCUAUCCUCUCCCUCACAUCCAAUGGCAAUCAAACAAAGCACAUCAUUCGGCUCAACAACAAUCAGACAUGGCUUUGCUACUCUUCUUCGCCCAUUAACCUAACGCAUAGCAUAUCUCUUCUUACUUCCGAUCCAUUCUCCGGCGUAAUCAGAUUUGCGAUCUUGCCGGAUUCUGACCCACGUUUUGAAACAAUCCUUGAUAGGUUCAGCACUUGUUACCCAACCUCUGGCGAUGCGGUAUUCACUAAACCCUUCUGUGUGGAGUACAAAUGGGAGAAGAAAGGAUGGGGAGAGCUGCUCCUACUUGCCCACCCUCUCCAUCAACAGCUCUUAUCGGUUGACGAUGGAAAUGUCACUGUUUUGAAGGAUUUCAAGUACAAAAGCAUAGAUGGCGACCUUGUCGGUGUCGUUGGCGAUUCGUGGGUCUUGAGACCGAGUCAAGUUUCAGUAACUUGGCAUUCGAUUAAUGGGAUCAGCGAAGAAUACUAUCCUGAAAUUGUUUCUGCGCUUGUCAAGGACGUCAAGGGUCUGGAUUCGACGAAGACAACGACAUCUUCGUCUUACUUCUAUGGAAAGUUGAUUGCUAGAGCAGCCAGAUUGGCAUUGAUAGCGGAAGAGGUGUGUUGUCCCGAUGUGAUUCCAGCGGUUCGGAAGUACUUGAAGGAGACAAUUGAGCCAUGGUUAGAGGGGAGUUUCAAUGGAAAUGGGUUCUUUUACGAUCCCAAAUGGGGAGGAAUUGUCACCAAACAAGGGUCAGUAGAUUCUGGGGCAGAUUUUGGGUUCGGAGUAUACAAUGAUCACCAUUACCAUCUGGGCUACUUUCUUUAUGCCAUUGCAGUGCUUGCUAAGAUUGACCCAGCAUGGGGGAGGAAGUAUAGGCCUCAGGCGUAUUCGCUUAUGGCGGAUUUCAUGACUCUGGGCAGGCGAGAAGGUUCGUAUUAUCCGCGUCUGAGGAAUUUUGAUCUGUGGAAAUUGCACUCUUGGGCGGGUGGACUCACUGAAUUUGCAGACGGGCGGAAUCAGGAAAGUACAAGCGAAGCAAUCAACGCUUAUUACUCAGCGGCACUUAUGGGUCUGAGCUAUGGAGAUUCGCAACUUGUAUCCAUCGGUUCGACGCUGGCUACUUUGGAGAUUCAAUCGUCUCAGACUUGGUGGCAUGUACGAGAGGGAGAUGAUAUGUACGAGGCAGAGUUCACAAGGGAGAACAGGGUGGUGGGAGUUCUGUGGGCAAACAAGAGGGACAGUGGACUUUGGUUUGCUCCACCUGAUUGGAAGGAAUGUAGGCUGGGAAUUCAGGUGCUGCCAUUGUUGCCAAUAACAGAGGUUUUGUUUUCUGAUAUUGGACAUGUAAGAGAUCUCGUACAAUGGACAAUGCCGGCUCUGGAGAGGGAAGGGGUUGGAGAAGGGUGGAAGGGAUUUGUGUAUGCAAUGGAAGGACUGUACAACAAGGAUGGGGCCUUGGAGAAGAUUAGACGUUUGAAUAAAUUUGAUGAUGGAAACUCACUUUCCAAUUUGCUCUGGUGGAUCCAUAGCAGAGGUGAUGGGGAAGAAGAGUGGGGAGGUAUGAGGGGGAAUUGCUGGUUUGGCCAUUAUUGUCACUGAAUGAGAGGGUACGUGUGUUUGGUGCUUUUGAUUUCAUUUAUAAUGCAGAUGUUGAGUGAGUUGUGCAGAAAAUUAUACUAUUUGCAUAUAAAAUUAUUCAGGUCA